AUGCUAACCAAAAACAGACCACAGACAGUCGAUCAGGUUGAGAAGUUGUUGCUGGUGUGGAUCAAGGAUAAGAGAUGGCAGGCAAGUGAACAACAGUCUGGGUUAGAAGGUUGUGUACAAGAAGCCCAGGCAUGGGAAAGAGAGUAUGUCAGUGUUCUGGAUUAUCUAGCACAGUCUGAUUUAAUCCUCACUCAGGCUAUCACCAACCAGAUACAGGUGGAUCAAGUCCAGGUGCAAGAAGAGCUGUUGACACAGCAAGUUGUGCUUAAGAAGAUGCAGACACAGGUUGAAGUCUAUCAUAGUCAGGGCAAGACAGAAGCAGCACUACGACUAGAAGACCAAAUUGCUCAUCUACAGAAAAAAUAUGAGGAGAUUGAAAUGAAAUUGCAGAUAUGCCAGAAGCCAAGUGAUUUUGAUACACGUUUGACUGAGGUGAACCAGCAGCUGCAAGAAAUUGGUCAGAGAGUUCAUCUAGUAAAUAUGGAUUCUGGGGACCCUGAGGGGAUUCAAGAACAACUAAAUCAGUGUUUGGAUUUGUAUCAAACACUCAGUGAAGUAAAAUCAGAAGUGGAAAGCGUGAUAGCAACAGGCCGUAAAAUAGUUAAAGAAGGGCAAUCUUCAGAUCCAGAUGGCCUUACUCUUCAGCUAGACCAGUUGAAAGCACUUUAUAAUAAACUUGGUGGCACUGUAACCGAACAUCGUGGAAUUUUAGAAAAGGCCCUUCGUCAUAGUCGCAAGAUUCAUAAAGACUGUAAUCAUUUGGAGGAAUGGCUAAGUACUACUGAGUGUGAAUUAGACCAGCGAGAAGCAACUGUGCCUGCAACAAAUGUCCAAGGGGAAGUUCAUUUUGCUCAGCAUGCCAUUGAUGAUUUGGGGCGCAAGAAGCCCUUACUGACAGGAUUGCACGAAUCCUAUACUGCUCUUACUUCUUUGUCUGAUGAUUCUGCCUUGCUACAACCCAUUAAAGAGCAAGUGGACGACAUUGCUUUAACAUGGGAGCGAGUCAGUAUUAGGCUUGCAAACAGGCUUAAGAAUAUGCAGGAUGAACAGGCAGCCAAGGAAGCUGAAAUGGAGAGAUUCAUCAUUGGUCUUGGUGAGAUCAAAGGCUGGCUGGAGAGCACUGAACAUCAUCUGCUUGCCUUGAAAAAGCUUGAACCCAGUGAACAAGACAAGAUUAUCAAGAGUGUAUCAUCAGAAAUCCAAAACUACAAGGGUCAGAUUGAAAAUAUUCGUGACACAGCUGUGGAUCUGAUUAACCAUGGAGUUUUGUUCCAAGCUCGCAUACAACCUGAGUUAGUACUUAUAAAUCAGAGGUGGGAAAAUAUCUACCGAACUGUGCAGGUAACUUCAGCAUGUGAGAUAGACAGCUCUUCAAUAGACUCUGUCACUAGGUCUUCUACUACAGGGCUGACUUCAGUUUUUCCUACUAUCUCACCUGUCACUUCUGAUCAUGUCCAAACAUGCCCUUACCAUGUUGAAAGCUCCAAAAGUUUGCAAGGCAUUGAAAGUCCUGGAUCAGUAACUGAUUCAGGAGCAACAGUAACUCAUAUAGCAAGUGGAAUGUCAUCAUCAAUGUUAGAUUUUUUGUCAAGGCACAAUGUUGUGAUUGUAGACCCAGAUGCAAAGCUAAAUGAAACACUUGACCAACAAGCUAUUGGGUCUUUAGGUGUACAUACAUUGGAGGUAAAUAUCAAUGAAGGGAUUAAUUCUCUGGGAAUUAGCACAUGCGAAGAACCUAUUCAGUCACUCUUACCCAUUGCUUGUUUAGGUUCAGAAAUUAAGCAGGAGAGGAGUGCCAUUCUGCAACCAGUGGAAGAUUUAUCUGUACCUUCAUCUAGUUCUGUGUCAUUCAUCAAAAUGUCAGAUAUUGCCAGUUGCCCAAGCAGUUCUGAUAAGCAACAUAAUUUAUUAGAAAGUAUUCAGCUUAAGAAUUACAAAGAAGCCGAGAGCCAGAUUUCUAUUGAAGAUAAAAAUCCUAAAUUGGAAAGCAACAUACUUGAAGCAUCUGUUGUGCCCUCUGAGAUGACCAUGGAAAUGGUUAACAAAAAAUUACCAUUAGGGUUUGAACAUAAAAUGAAACAUUCAGCUGAAUUAAUUAGUGGUUCAUCACCUGAGGCUCUGAUGAUGCUGACUCAAAAUAUGACAGUUCCAAAGAUGGAAACCGUGGAGAAACCAACUGGACUGCCAGGACAUGCUUCAGAUGACUCUGUUGUAAAUGCAUGUCACAUGGAAGUUAUUAAUGCUGCUGAUAUUGAAAGUGGAUCUGUUAUUGAAAUCACAUAUCAAGUUGAAGAUCCUGAGGAAAAGAUGGAUUUGCCUCUGUUACCAGAGAUAAGAACUAAGACUCAGUGCAGUGACGGCAGAGAGAAAGAUAACACACAUUUAACUGAGGAGCUGAAUGCAAGUUUAUCACCAGCAGCUCAUGCUUUUUUCAAAGAAGGUAUUGCAACUUAUACUAACAGGAAAGUGUUAUCACAUAAAGAAGACAGUUUGUUAACUGAAUCUCAGACUACUGUGGUUGCCCCACACAAGGUCAUAAUGGACAUUGAAAGGCAAAUAGAAUCAUCCUCGUAUCAGACUGCACAAGAUGUUCAUAGUAUUAUAGGAGAAAAUGUAUUGUUUGAUGUUGAAAAAGUCAAAUCUGUCUGUAUUGAAGAAUCAGCUUUAGACUUUUCAAAUCAUUCAGAUGACUUCAAGCGUAAAAUAUCAACUGCUUCUGUUGAAAUUGACAUUUCUGCAGAAGAGGUUGCUACUUCUUUUGAUUCAUUAGACUUAACAGCUGGCUCUUUUGCUUUUGAAAGACAAGCUGCAGUAGCACUUGAGGAAUAUUCUACAGACAACAUAGUAACAGUGUCACAUACAGUACAGUUGAUUGAUGGGCAUGUUUGUGCAGAAGCUUCAUUUCCCAGUGGAAAUGCGAGAAACCAAGUUCAUAAAAUAUCUAUAGCUUCAUUGGAUAUAGAGCUUGUUGGGGAUGAAAUUGCUGGUAUUCUUGAGAUGUCAUCUUUCCCUACCCAGUCCUUUGCUGAUGAAAAGGAAACAUACAUAGCAACUUCUCCAUCAUUUACUGAUCAGGUUGUAGCAUCUGAAAUCGUUUCUCUUACUGCUUCGGGUAAUAAGGACAUUGUUACAACUGAAAGAAAAGCCUCUACUGUAUCAGAAAAAUAUGUCAUUUCUCCACAAGAUGCUAUAUCAGCUAUAUCUGCUCCACUGCUGCAAGAAGAAGCAUUCACAUUUCCAGAAGAAAUGCAUGUUUCAUUGGAAGAGAAUUUGGAAACAAGAAUUGCUGUUAGUGAUGUAGUUCCAAUAAAAGAUUUAGAUUUUAGUGCUGAGAUUGUAGAAAAAAGCUUGGAAAACUCUUCACCUUUAGCAGGUACCACUACAGUAACAGAUAAAACUGAAAGGAAGUUAUCUACAGCAAUUAAAGAUUUUGAAAUAAUGCCUCAGGAAAUAACCGAAGAUUUGGGAAUACAAGGAGUAAAUGUAAUGUCAUUUGCCAUGAAACGGAGUGUAUCAGAAAGAGCCAUGGAAGGCCUGAAAGAGGCUAUUCUCGUAUCACCAGAAACAGUUCUUCAAGGUUCUCCAUAUCGAGAUGAAAAUGCCACUGUUCAAGGAGAACAAGUAUAUUCAAAUAACCUCUGUGAUGAAAUUAAUAGGAAAAUAUCAACAGCCUCAGUAGAAAUGGAAUUUGCUCCUUCUGAAAUACUGCUGGAGGAAGAGCAAACUCUUUGUAUUGAAAGAUUUGCUUGUGCUAAGGAAGUUUUAGCAAGUGGGCAAGAAAGUUGCUCAGCGAAUGUUGUACUAACAACCGUCAAGGCAGUUAUUGCUGGCACUGUAACAAAGGAAUCAAAUUCAUCUGAAGUAAGUGGAGAAACUCUGGAUAAUAUGGAAGUGACAUCAGAAAUCUCAGAGGAGGGAUUGCCUUUAGGUUGUGAAGCUGCAUUGAUAGAUCCUUCAGUAAUCUCAGGCUAUGUGAUUAACAGCCAGUCAGGCGAGGGAAGUGAUUUUGGAGAAAUAUCAACUGGUGAUAUUGCAUUUAUUCAAGGUAUAAAAUCUGCCAUACCCACUGGCUAUACAUUCGCAACAAAUACUGUGGAGGAUGAUUGUUUGUCUGAGGCUCUCUCAUAUUUUGAUAUUGAAACCUCUGUAGAUGUCAAAGAUAAGUAUGGUGUGGCAGUUACUGUCAUAGGUACCCGCAGUGAUCUCAACGUUUCAAUAGAAGACACAGAAGAAAAACAGAUCCCUCAUGAGGAGGGGGGAUUGGAGGAGUUAAAAAUGGAAUCUUCACUUGAUUCUCUUUUAAAUAGUUCACGUUAUUCAUCAAGAGGUAGAAGCCUUGAUAAUCUUUUAAUGGAUAUAGAAUAUAAGGAAACAAAAGAAAUGAAAAAAGAUUAUGGCAUACCAGAUGAUUCAGUCAAUAGGGGCACUUUCCUUACUGAAAUUUUAAGUUUUACUGACAAGGAAUACAUAGAAAAAGCACUACAAAAAUCUAAUUCAUGCACUUACCACACAGUAAGUCAGAAAACUGUGAAUGGAACUUUGGAGAAGUCUGAAAUUACUAGAGCUUCAUACACUGCCAACUUACCAAAUUCAGUUUGUGAUAAAGAUAAAGUUAUUUCUGUUUCCCAGUCCUCCAAACAGGACAAAGACAUGGUAGAUUUGGGAGGUGAGGAGACUUCUGAAUUAUCUUUGAGCCUGGAUAAAUUGCAAAACAUUCCUCAGACAAUAUCCAGUGUGAAAGAUGUUAAGAAAGCAGAAAUAGAGACAAAACCAGAAGUAGAUAGUAAUGUUUCUUCUUUGCUUUCACUGAUUAAAUAUGAUAUUGUUAAAAAAGAUGAUAGUAAGGAAGAGCCCAAACCCAAAUUUGCUAAAACUGUUCUAAACCAAGACAAAAUAACUAAAGUUCAGUACACACCUAAAUCUCAGGUAACCAGAGUAGAAGAUAAAACUUGGAAAUUAAAAUCUGAUAUUGCAGUAAAGCUUGAAGAAAAGCAUGAUGAGAUUGUUUGGUCUCAUUGCACUAUGCAUGAAGAUGAAUUACCUAUUCAACAGGUCAGUGAUUUACCUGAAGCUGCUGGUAUAAUACAAAAAGAGGUUGAUGUAAACCCAGAAGAAUAUUGUGCAGAGCAGAAAUCUUCAAGUAAAUUACCAGUGACAGCUAUUCAUUAUGUUCCUUAUGUUCCUGUGGAUACUGAAAUGAUUUUUCAGGAGAAAAAGUCUGCAUCUCAGCAAUCCUCUGAUAACUCAAGACUAAUCCCACAGGAGACAAAUAUAAUUAAAGAAGAAACUUCUACAAGGGUAAUUAAUGAGACAACAGAAAUAGUAACUACCAGACAAAUGGAAACUAAUGUGAGUACAGUACAAAACAAAGAAACAAAAAUCCAUUAUGUUCCUCAUGCUCCAUCAGAUAUAUUAAGAAUGAUACCAGAAGAAAAGUUUCCAUCUCCGAAGGAAAUUGUUCCAAGAAUUAGUAAUUCUAAACAGGAACAACCAAACAUAUAUUCAGUACCAGUUAAUUAUGAAGAUAGAACAGUUCCUGAGAAGUAUAUUAAGUCCUGUCAAGUUCUUGGUAAAGUGAGUGCACCUUUAGUAACAACUGCAGAGUCUACUAAGCCAGAGGAAAUUAAAUUCACAAAUAAAGAAAGUUGCAUUAAACAAGAAGACUUGGAAGGCAAGAAAAGUAAAAUUUUAUAUGUACCUCAUGUCCCAGUUUCUCCAGUUACAGUUACUUUGUCAAAAGAACAGAUGAUCAAAAACCUGACCAAUAGAGAAAGCAGUUUAAGUUGUAUGAAGGAAACUGAUAUUACAUCAGAUGAGGAAGAGAAAAUAACAACUUUCCCUGUUAAAGAAGUGGAAAUUCAAAAUAAAAAAGCACAUGAUAUCACCCUUCAUUAUGUUCCUCAUGUACCAGUAGAUCAAGGAAUCCCUGAGGUGAUAGCAAGAUCAGAGAACAUGGCAACUGAUAAUAGUGAACAAAAAACAAUAAAUAUUAAGGAAAUUGUAAAAUCUGAGAAAGUACAGAAAUCAGUUGAGUAUGUAUCUCAACAUCAAACCUCAGACAAAAAAACAGAGAGUAACAUUGAAGCACAAGUUCAUGUUCCAGUCUCAGAGAGUAAGGAUAUUAACUAUGGCACUAAACUUCCUGAAAAUCAAAAAAAAGAAUUGUAUGCUAUUCAUUACGUACCAUGUGUAACUGCUGACUUCAAAAAAACACCUUCAGGACCACAGCCUACAGAGAUUCACUAUGUGCCUCACUCUCCUGCAGAUCUUGAAAACUUUAAAUCAGAUAAAACAAAUGUUAAGUUCCCUGACAUUCCCUCAAGCAUCAUAACUUCCCCCUCCACUUCUAAAUUUGAUGCUGUGGUAACAAGUUCUUCAGAUAUCUCAAAGAACCUUAAGAAACAAUCCACUAGAGGGCCAGCAUCAGAGACAGUGUAUGCUUCCAGAAGUUACAUUAAAGAAAGUGCACGAGAGCAAAUUAAUGUCACUUCAAGUAAUGUUUCCACAGUAUUGGCAGAUAUCCAUGGGACAGGACAGUCAGUGCAACAGCAUCUUGGUGAUGAUGAGGUUGAUGCUUUCUUACGAGAGGUUACUGCAAUGGCAGAUAAAAUUUCUGAAAUAAAAACAAAGUUGCAGAUGGUUCCAUCAUAUCAGGAGGCUAAGGAGAAGGCAGAGGCACUUGAGCAAGAGGUAGCAUUGCUGGAACCAGAUGUUGCUACAGUUAUCUCCCAUGGUGACACCCUUACACUCACAACACACAUGGUGGAUGUUCCCCGAGCCAACACUAUUCGUAUUGCUGUCAACGAUUUGCGCACACACUGGUCGGCAUUGAAGAGUGAAACUGAGAAUGUUAAGUUGGAAUCAGAACAAGUUGCUGAAGAGAUAAGUACCAUUUCUGAAAAGGCAGAUGAAAUUAUCAGUUGGUCAAAUGAUGUGUCAAAGAGACUUCAUCUUGUCAACAAUGAUGAGAGCCAGCUAGAAGCACUUGAAAAUGAGAUGACGAAUAAGAAGGCAGAAUUGGAUAAACUCAAUGAAAGUGGCAUUCUUUUGAAAAAAUACAAGUAUAAUCAGAUUCAGCCUGUGUUAACUUUGCUCAACAUGCGUUGGACUGAGAUCAGCAUGAAGUUCAGACAAUAUCGUAAAGGUUCCCUGGAGAAGAAAACCAUAGUUUCUACAACCAAAGUUGAAUCUCAGGAAACAGAGCCUAUCAUUGUGCCAGAUUUUGUGGCAAGUGUCAACCGUCUGAGAGAAGCUAUAUCUGUGAUCUCUCGCCAGCUCAAUGCUACCAAGUUUUUUAGUAACCAGUAUGAUAAUCUCAAGACCCAAGAGGAUGAAUUGAAGGGUAUUAAGCAUGGCCUGGAGACACUAAAGCCACGGGUGGAUAAUCUUGAAACUGAGAGGAAUGCCAUAGUAAAAAAUGUCAGCCCCACGGAAUCAGAGCAAGUGCGCCGUGUUAUGGACAAACUCAGAGAAGAAUGGGCUCAGGUAAACCGUGGGUAUACUGACAAACAUUCUCGCUGGUUGCAGUGCUCUGAAACUUGGAGGACUCUACAGAAAACCAUUGAUGACUUUUCUGUUUGGUUGAACACCAUUGAGGAAAAAGUCCAGUGUACUUCUAACCAACCUCUGCCAGAAGCUAAAAUUACACAGAAGGAACUUGAGAAGCAGGUUACUCUUAAGCACAGACCAAGUCAAACGCUCCAGUCUAUGUGUAAGGAGGUCACAGAGGGCAUGAGUGCUGAUGAUGGUAAACGUUUACAAGAAAAUGUCGACUCACUCAUGAAACGCUGGCGAGCUCUGCUUCUGGAUCUUGCUGCCAGGAGAGAGAGAAUUGCUGGUGAAGAAGGGGGUAAAGAGAGCGCAAACAGUGAGUAUGAAGCACUGAUAACUUGGGUGGACCAAGCCCAGGCACUUAUGGAUGCCCCUGUUAAUGUCACUGAUGAAGCCUCAUUGUCUGCACACACAACUAUGGUUCAGAAUCACUUGGUGGAGAUGAUGACAAAGCAAAACUUGUUGAAGAAACUGAAGGAUAUGAAGCCAAAAUCUAUCACUUCUGCUCAGAUGACUACAUUAGAAACUAAUUUAAAUAAAGUUGUAAAAACUCUACCAGAUUACAAGAAUAUGGUAGACACCAAGUUGGGAAUUAUCAAAACACUAGUGGCAGAUGUGGAGCACCUGUACAAAUGGACAGAAGAAAUGAGAGUGAAAGUUGCUCUUCGCAAUCUGACUGAGGAAGAAAUAAAACUUUCAAAAAUGACUCUUAGGGAAAAGGAAGCUUUGUAUGAGAACCUAGACUCAACUUAUUGGGUGCUAGCCCAAGAUGCAGAAGGAAAGGGCCUCACUGUAGCUGUUCCACUUAAGGUAAGCAAGGAAACUAAUAGUAGUUAUUUGCAGACCAUCCAUACAGAUAAAUCAGGCAGUCAGUCACCAAAGGCACUAAGCUAAAUGGGACUCCAGAUU